AUGCGAGUGCAGGACGUACAUGAAACAGCGGUGGGAGCGUUGUGGAACCUGGUUUUCAAUCCUGGCAACGCACUGCGGAUGGUGGAAGAGGAGGGAGUCCCGGCGCUGGUGCAUUUGUGCUCGUCGUCGAGAUCUAAGAUGGCGCGGUUUAUGGCAGCUCUGGCUCUGGCGUACAUGUUCGAUGGCAGGAUGGAUGAGGUUGCAGUUGGAUUGUCGAGUGUGGAGAACAACGGGAGGACAGUGAGCUUGGAGGCAGCAAGGAAACUGGCGUUGCGAAACAUCGAUGCGUUCGUGCAAACGUUUUUUGAUCCGCAGUCUUUGACAGCUGCUGCGUCAUCGUGGGCCGGUGCGACGUUGAACCAGGUCGCGGAGCCGCCACAAUCCAAGAAGCCGGGCAUCUGAGAUGCAGGUAGGCGAUGCGUACG